UGCGCACUGCGGAGCGGGCGCGGGUGACUCCAGAGCAGCUCUGCCAGUCCGCGGGGCUGGCGGGGAGCAGGUUCGUGUACCGCGGGCUCUGUGCAUGCAGAGGCGGGAAGAGCCCCCAGCCCGGCAGCCGGCCCCGCGGGAAGGCGCAGCCCGGGCUUCCGAACCCUGUGAACGCGCAGGUUCCUGAUUUUCCAAAUGGGCAGGAAUCGUCCUGCCCGCUCGGGGUGGGAGGCCACAUGGGGGCACUGCGCCCGGGCGCGUCCCCAGGUGCUUUCCAAAUGCCCACUGCCGCUCUCAUCCGUACCAGCGAUGAUCAAGAAGGGGCUUGGUCGCCCGGGGAGGUGCCCCGGCCCGAAUCGACUCCGGAGACAACGCCGGGCGACACCACCUGCGCAGGUCCCGGAGGGCCGCUUGUGUCUGUGUGCAGGGCGUGCUGUCUGUGGAAACCCGAGGGCACACUAGCACUUUCCUGUAUGUAUUAUUAUACUUCAGUUUUUAGGAAGUGCAUUAGAAGGGCCUGCACCAGCCAAAUUCGGGGAUUAAAGCUUUUAAGCGGGAAGCGCGCGCCCCGUGCUGUCCCUUUAAAGCGUUGGGCCGGCCCGAGGCAUUCUGGCCGCUGUCGCUGCCCGUAGCGCUCCUCCGAGAGGACGGCUUUGUGCGCUCGCCCCGCCCUCUGGACACCGCCCCCUCCCCUCGCGCACGCGCACUGAGCCCCCGCCGCCUGGCGCCCGCCAGAGCUGCCGCCUCGUCGAGCCAAGUCUGCGCUCCCGCCCAGGCGGCGGCCGACGCGACGCCCCGAGCGCCCGGCCCCGCCGCCGCCGCCCGGCAGACUACCUCUGUCACCGGGUCCCUCCAUCCGCGUCUCCUGUGCGGCCAGUGUCAGAGCCAUGGCGACGGAGGAGAAGAAGCCCGAGACCGAGGCUGCCAGAGCACAGCCGACCCCUUCGUCAUCCGCCACUCAGAGCAAGCCUACGCCCGUGAAGCCAAACUAUGCUCUAAAGUUCACCCUUGCUGGCCACACCAAAGCAGUGUCCUCCGUGAAAUUCAGCCCGAAUGGAGAGUGGCUGGCAAGUUCAUCUGCUGAUAAACUCAUUAAAAUUUGGGGCGCGUAUGAUGGGAAAUUUGAGAAAACCAUAUCUGGUCACAAGCUGGGAAUAUCCGAUGUAGCCUGGUCGUCAGAUUCUAACCUUCUUGUUUCCGCCUCAGAUGACAAAACCUUGAAGAUAUGGGACGUGAGCUCGGGAAAGUGUCUGAAAACCUUGAAGGGACACAGUAAUUAUGUCUUUUGCUGUAACUUCAAUCCCCAGUCCAACCUUAUUGUCUCAGGAUCCUUUGACGAAAGUGUGAGGAUAUGGGAUGUGAAAACAGGGAAGUGUCUCAAGACUUUGCCAGCUCACUCGGAUCCAGUCUCGGCUGUUCAUUUUAAUCGUGAUGGAUCCUUGAUAGUUUCAAGUAGCUAUGAUGGUCUUUGUCGCAUCUGGGACACUGCCUCGGGCCAGUGCCUGAAGACGCUCAUCGAUGACGACAACCCCCCAGUGUCUUUUGUGAAGUUCUCCCCGAAUGGCAAAUACAUCCUGGCCGCCACGCUGGACAACACUCUGAAGCUCUGGGACUACAGCAAGGGGAAGUGCCUGAAGACGUACACUGGCCACAAGAAUGAGAAAUACUGUAUAUUUGCCAAUUUCUCUGUUACUGGUGGGAAGUGGAUUGUGUCUGGCUCAGAGGAUAACCUUGUUUACAUCUGGAACCUUCAGACAAAAGAGAUUGUACAGAAACUACAAGGCCACACAGAUGUCGUGAUCUCAACAGCUUGUCACCCAACAGAAAACAUCAUCGCCUCUGCUGCACUAGAAAAUGACAAAACAAUUAAACUGUGGAAGAGUGACUGCUAAGUCCCUUUGCUCCUGCCCUCGAGAGACUGUCGGGAAGUUGACCCGGAUUGGCAAGAAACAGGGUGUCUUGGAGGUGGUCCCCCGGAUCUGCACCUGGGGGUCAGGACAGGGCCUGAUUUGAGCCUCCUCUUUGAAGAUGAUUUGGCUGAGCGGAAGGUGUGGACCACCGGAAAGUUCUAAAAGUUGCUGGUGACAUUUCUUGCCAAUUCUAACACUGUCUAGGGAAGAGUUCCUAGUCUAUUGUGUUCAAACAGAGUCAACAAAAGUUUUUAAUUUUUUAUUACAGAAGGGUGAAGUUCAAUUUAACAUGCGUUGUGUUUUUUCAGUAAACGUUCUGUAUCUUUUUGAUAUUCCAUGACCCAGUGCACGCUGUGGCCUGUCACCACCACCGUGGCCCUGCCAGCUGGCCUCCCCUUUGGUCCACGCCGGCCGCCCCCAUUCUCUGCUGCGUAGAUGCCCUGGCCCAGGGCCCUGACUCCUCCAUUCCCACCAGUAGCUGUUCCUAGUGUAUUUUUGUCUUUCUGGAAAACAGCAUUGUGUGGUUGUUUUCCGUGUAAAGAGCCAUUUGUGUCUUAGGAGCUUGUGGCCCACACGCCAAUAGCACGGUCAUCGCACACGAUGCUCCCGUUUGUCUCAGUGUCCCUGCAACAAGCAGCACCGCAGACUGUAAUAAAAGGUGGGGUUUUGUGAAUGGUUGUGGCAAGUGCGUCCUUGUGAAGCUCGUCUCCAUGUGGCUUUCUUGGAGAAAGGCUCCCCUGGGGCAAGAGGGCGGAAGGUUUCUUCGGAAAGGAGGUGCUGAGGCUGGCUGCACCUGCUCUCUGAAGACGCCUUCCUCCCUAGGUUCAUUGUUCAGUGUUGCUGGGGGAGGAGCGGGGGUGGGGAGGUUCUUAGUUGCAAAGGAGCCAAGCUCCUGAUGGACUCCCGUUGGGAUGUGGGGGAUGCCUGUGGCAUGGGAAGGCUCCCUGAGUCCCUCAUUCCAGGUCAGAUGCCAGUGGGACUCGUGCCCUAUGAGGGCUGCAGGGCCAGUGCUGCCCCUUGGCCUCCUCAAGGGGUUGGGUGCUAAGCGUGAGCCUCGCCGUCCCUGCCGGAGCCCUCACCCGCCUGCCCACCUGCCUCUGCUCCUGGCAGUGUGGCUUCCCGGUGCUCACCUGCACAGCAGUUUACAGCAGAGGCCGAGCGGGAGCCUCUGGGGAGCGAGGCUGAAACCUGAACCUGCCCGUGGAGACAGUUGUGGUGAGGGUUGCCACACACAGUGAGGGCGGAGCAGGGUGGCCGAGGGCACAGGUCCCACGGGGCAGGGCUUUGGGGCUGUGAUGCUCUGGGAAGCCAGCUUGGGUCCUGGGUCUACGGAGGGCCCUGGCCCCGGAGCCCAGCCAGCUCUGCCUCUCUCAGGGCCUGGAGUCCUGGGUGAAUCCUGCAGAUUUUUGGUUGCACCAGCCCAGGGAGGAAGGGGGGGUUUGUCAGGUGGGCUGUCCUGGGGGUCCUUGAGUGGCAGGGGUGAGGAGGGGAUUAUCUGAGGCAUCUGGAGAUGGAUGUCCUGUGGUUUCCCCUGCCCCUCUGUUUCCGAUGAGGUGUACGGAUGAGUGACCUGCACUAAGAAGUGAGUUGCCACAGUGAAAAUGGGUUGGUUUUUGUCUUCGACGCUCAGGGUCUGGGCGCCUCACAUUUGCAGUCUGUUGUGACAGACACGGGGAGCUCCGCGUGCCAGCCUGUGGCUGCCCUGCUGUGGGGGUCCUGGGGCCGGCGAGGCCCCUUCAGUCUUGUUCUGGGAGUACGGCCCACUCCGGGGAGGGGGUGUGCUGUGCUGAGCGCUGUAUCCCUGAAUAUAGUUUAUUUUUUCUACAUUUGAAUUCUGUUGUAGAUUUAUGUAAAAAUACAUUCUUUUUGAAAAUAAAAAUUUUCAUGUCUUCUAA